AGAAGUUAGUUAAACGUGCACCCGUGCCCCUAUAUUUCGUCUUAACAACUGCAACAGCAAAAUAAAUCCGUUGAUCAAGAACCAGAAUCCUCAUCAUCUCAUCACGUUCUCCUACUAAAAUCAUCAGGAAAUUCAAAAUUCUUUUGAUCUCCAAAUAGCAUCAUGUUCUUUCCUUAUCUUAACUCAAUAUUCCGGCAAGUCAUGGCACGGUGGCCUCAAUUACUCCGUGCUCUAACAUGGACUGUUUUAUUGACUUUAAUGGUAAGCUUGGCAUCGUUUCCUCCAGAGAUGGCCUUUGCAUCAGCAGCAUCUCCAUCAUCAUCGUUCUCGCGGUCCUGUCAGGCUGAAGGGCUUGUCAGGAUUCCUUUAGACUUUCCGACGGUAAAAGUGUGCUUGCCUGCUCAUAUGGUGAAGAGGUCCAAGGUGGAUUUCUUUGUGCCUACCGUCUUUGCAGGUCUUGUUGUCGCUGGUUCUGCUUGUGUGGUUCGAUCUUUAGGAUUGUGGGAGAGUGAGACAGGUUGAUGAUUUUGCUAAUUCUCUUGCAAGUUUUUCUGUAUCCUGAACAAAUGUCCAAAAUUCAUAUACUUAAGAAAGGAUCAGUUGCUGUUCCUGUUCCUGGAUCAUAUUUUGUUUCAUUUGCUGAAUCUUUCUCGAGUUCCCUAAAUGAUUUUCCAGAACAUGCUGAUAAUCUUUUCGGUGGUGGUUUGAAUUGAAUGGUUAUGUGCCCAUGUCACGGAUUAUCACAUCGAAAAGUUAUGUCUGAUACUUGCUAUGGAUUAGGAGAAAAGACUUGAGGUGUAAUCAUCUCAUAACAACGAGAUCCCCAUAUAUCUGGA